UGUGAUACAUGCUGAACCAAAACAAAAUUAAAAUCCACUUUUCGAUUUGCUUCUUCAAGUUUCAAAUGAGAAUGGUUUUCAAAUUUAUAAAAAUAUCACGGUUAUUGGAUAUUCCACAAAACUGCAAAACCAUCUAGUCAUCAAAUGUCUUCGUAAUGUUCGUGAUAGCAUAGUGGACAAUCUGUCAUUAGUGGAUAUGUCAGCUGACGAAUUAAGAAACCCAUUUAUCGAUCCAUCUACCACACAUCUUGCAAGUAUUGAAAACCCUAGCACUUCUGACCCGGAGAAGGAAGAGAUGGAUGAAGUUCCGUCAGCAAUGACGGAGUCGUAUAGCGAAAUUUCCUAUACACAAAACUUUUUUGGUGGCGGGACCACCGAAGAACACGAAGGGGACACUAACCGACAAAGUGUUCGCUCCGGUUCAUCGUCUUCAGCUUCCUCACAAAGCAGACGGCGUCCAGAUUCACUGAACUGUGAUAAGAGGAAAGAUGCUUUCCCAUACAAUUUGGAAGGCACCGUAAGAGUAGACGGUAACAUGACACAUUUUGUAGCUGAGAAUUUAGAAUACAAAAUCAAACUCGCGAGUCCGGUGACAGUAACACGGAAAGAUUCAGGCAAUCCAUCUUCGUCUCGUCAGAGCACACCAUCGGCCGCAACCGGUGGGGGUAACUUGGCGAACUAUGGCCUUCUGCCGAAACCGUUUUUGAUGACACCGAACCUCAACCAAAUCGAUCCAAACGCGCUGAACGAAAUCGAACGGGAAGCGCAAGCAUUGGCCGCUUCAGUUGACAAUCUUACUGAAAGUCUUUGCUCGGUGCUACACUCGAUCUCCUCCAUCACAGCGGAUAACGUGGAGAUUUAUAAAAAUGCCGUCACGAAAUUAACGGACUGCAUGGAUGCCAACAUCAAAUGCAUGUACACAAUCAUGGCAAAAGCGGAGGAAAUUUCCAAAGCCAUCAAACCAGCGGAAGCAUUGGCAACUAGGAUACGGGAGAUUAAACGGUUAGUCGAUAUGCUGGAAAGUAACGUCUAGCGUAUAUGAGAUUUCAACUGUUUGUGCAUAGGUAGCUGAUUUCAUUAUAAGUGCAAAAAUCCUAGUGUUCGCUUCAAUCAAAGAUGUUGCUCUUAGUGGCAUUUUGUCUCAAUUACCCAAAUUAAUUCUACAUAUAUGUUCGAUUUCAAGUGGGUAACUAUAAAUUUGACUUUGGUAUGUGUAUUAAGGGAAAGAAAUCCGUGAGCUCCACUUCGUCUAAAUAUGUUGGUAAUGUUGUUGGUAACAGGUCUGCUUGAUGGACUGUUUAGCAAACGAAUUGAAGCAACAGUUUCAUUCCACAUCAGUAACGUAGGAUCACAGGUUGAGAUAAA